UGACUUCUAUCUUAUCUUACCCUUGAAGUGUGUUCUAUUGGAGACUACUAUGUGAAAAUGACUCUUGUUAGCCUUUCAAAAUGAAGGUGGCGGUUGUGUUGGCCUUUGCCUUCGUCUUUGGAUCUGCUUGUGCAUCGAAUGAAGCCCGUUUCUCCGUUGAAACUAGGAAUGGAACAUAUUGUGAGCUCUGUAAGGACGUGGUAGAAUAUUUUGACGGGGUCAUCACAAAACCCGAAAACGAGGAAUUUAUCACCGAGGUUCUGAAGCAAGUCUGCACGCAAUUCCCGGAUCAAGAGACAGAAUGUGAGAUCCUCAUCGAGGCUUACUACGAUGACUUCAUCGAGUUGAUCGUCAAUCUUUAUUUCCUACCUGAAGAGGCCUGCACAGAUCUUGGCCUUUGCUUUUGAGAAAUAAACGAUGAAAACUCGUCUA